CACAGCUUCCAUAACUAACAUGACCGUCUGCAACUUAUGUAGUACCUUCGUUCAUAUUAGUUGUAGUAGUCAUUUUAGAAGUAUACUUGAUAACGAAUAUAUCCAAUUGAAUUUUGUGUUAAAUCGCUUAAAAACUAACCAAAUCUGCACUUUCCUCAGCUGGUGACACUAGGAAGUAGACAGCCAGCAUCUAGCGAGUUCCGGGGCAUUGAUGUCGCCUUUAGCCCGGCUUUGGAGUAACACGUCCGGGUCUUCAUGUUUAACAAGCUCACCGUUGCCCUCCUUCCAUUUUACCGUCGCCUCCUCUCCGUCUCAUCGCCAGCGGCUUUGACCCGGGAGUUCCGCCACCUUAGCAGCAUGGAGCCGGCCGCGGUGAGAUGCGUGGCCGGGGAGCCCAAGCUGACCAUCUCGUUCUGCCUGGACGGCAGCCAGAAGCACAUGCAGCGGGAGCAGGACGAGCCACUGGGGAAGGUCCUGUCCCGCAUAGCCUGCACCCUCGCAAAGAGCAAAACCAAGGCUAAGAAAGCGAAGAGGAACGCGAGGCAGGAGCGGCCUGCGGCAGCGGGGAACAACCCUGAGCCCACCGUGGUGAAACUCUUUGUGGACGAUGGCGAGGUGCCGGAGACGGUGCUCAACGCGGAAGCGUGGCGGGACGGGGCCGUGCUGCAGCUCGGCGACGUCCGAUACUUAGUACGCCGGAACGAGCCCAUCUUCACCACCGCCGAGCUGCCGGUAUCGCUGCUGGCCGGUUUCCCCGUGUGUCCCAAGCUGGAGGUAGAGUUCGGAGAACUGGACCUCUGCGACUUUACGUGGUACAAGGAGCAGAGCCCAAACUCCAGUCCCAAAACCGGCGGGGAAGGCAGGGCUCAGGACGUGGCCUGGAUCCAAGUGGGCCGCAGCAGAGUCUACGUCCCAUCCAACCAGGACAUCGGCUGCCAGCUCAAACUACUCUGCACGCCCAAAGAUGGCCUCGGGCGUAACGGGCGACCCCUCGAGCUUCUCUCCGCCGACGGCGUGGAGGCAGGGCCGGGUGCGUGCACCUUCGACGGGCGCCACAUGUACACGGCCAAGGAGACGGCGUGGCCAUCGCUGCGCGUGGUGUCCUACAACAUCCUGGCCGACGUCUACGCCCAGACGGAGCUGUCAAAGACGGUGCUGUACCCCUACUGCGCCCCCUAUGCCCUGCAGCUGGAUUACAGGCAGAACCUGAUCAAGAAGGAGCUGACGGGCUACCGCGCCGACGUCAUCUGUCUGCAGGAGGUGGACAAAGGAGUGUUUUUGGACAGCCUGACUCCAGCUCUCGACGCCUUUGGUCUGGACGGCGUUUUUAAGGUUAAAGAGAGGCAACACGAAGGCUUGGCAACCUUCUACCGCAGGACAAGAUUUAAGUUGCUGAGUUGCCACGACAUCACACUGAGCCAGGCGCUGACGUCGGACCCGGUCCACGCUGAGUUGCUGGAGAAGAUCUCGGCCGACGAGGCCCUGCGAGACAAGAUCGUAAAGCGCUCCACCGCCUUGCAGGUCAGCAUUCUGGAGGAUCUCCACCGAGCAGGCAGGAAGAUAUGUGUGGCCAACACGCACCUGUACUGGCACCCGCAAGGCGGGAACGUCCGCUUGGUCCAGAUGGCCGUGGCUUUGCGGCACCUGAGUCGCGUGAUCGGCGAGGUGGCCCCAGAAGCUCCGUUGGUUUUCUGCGGUGACUUCAACUCUUCACAGAGCUCAGGGGUCCUCCAGCUGGUCACCGAGGCCUCGCUCCCCCGGCAGCACGCCGACUGGAGCAGCUCGGGUCCCCGGGAGGAGGAUUCGCCGUCAUCUUUGGUGGCAAUGGACUUGUUCUCUCCGUUCCCUUCCCUUUUUAGCGCCUGCGGCCCACUGGCCUACACCAAUUACGUGGGCGGCUUCCAAGGCUGCCUGGACUACAUCUUCAUCCAGCCGGAGUGCAUGCGGGUGGAGCAGGUCAUCCCCAUGCCAGACCAUCACCUGAUCACCACCUACAUGGCGCUGCCCAGCGUGGCCCACCCGUCAGACCACAUCGCGCUGGUCUGCGACCUGCGUUGGGAGCCCUGAAUACAACAGAUUUAAAGCCCAAAUAUCAUGGUAAUAAAUUCUACUGUUUUACUCAUA